AUGUUUUACUUGUACAAUAAAUUCACUUCCGCAUCGAGGAAAAGCCAUGAAGAAGAAAAGGACAACAUUGUAGAUGCCGGUAGAAAUGUAACUGGUCUAGCUGCUGAGAAUGUCGCCAAAGGGAGAAGCAACGAAAGGGAUAAGAAGGAAAAGGAAGAAGACUUAUUUUGGGCCCUUGAGGAAAAUGAACCAUGUAGGGAAGGUAUAAUGAAAAAUGAAAGGCAUGACAACGGAGUGGAAAAAGAAAGCGACAUUUUCUUGGCAAGUGAGAAAAUGAGCGCAAGGUGUUUUGCUUCGGAGAUUAGUAAACAGGGGGGGGACACUUGGUGGGAUGAUAACCCCACUUGGACAGGGGUGGCACCCUUAGAGGGAGAAGUUAACACACACUUGGACCAUCCGAAUGAGCAUCACCAAAAUGGCAUCAAAAAUGAUCAGACAAAUGAGAAGAAUACUCAACAGGGAGAUCCCCCGUUUGAGGAAUUUGAUGAAAACAGUGACGAAUUUUUCAAAAUAGACCAAGACAAUUUUUCCUCCUUCACGUUUGCAGCUAGCUGUGCUAAUGAAUGGAAGGGGGGAAUGGAACAUGUGGAAAACUCAAACGAUGAAGGGAAAAUAGAAGAUUUUGCGAAUAGGCAAAACGAUGAAGACCCUUCAGAAAAUGGUCAACUAUUCAAUGAAAGCUCCGAUCAUGUGAAGAUAAAUAUAUCCUUACAUCCCACGGCUCAUCUUAAAAGCGGUCAUUUGGACCAAACAGUGAUGGAGAAAUAUCCAUUGAAGGAGGAAAUGGCCUCGUUUGGGGAAUCUAUAUCGCGUGAAAAUUUGACAAGAUAUUUUAAUAAGGGGGAAGAAUGCGAAGAGGAAAAUGAGGAAGGCAUAAAAUUGGAGGGCAAGGAUUUCACGCAAAUGGAGGAGAAGGAAAAAAAUCAGGAAUGCAUUUUUAAAGAAGAAUCUGUGUUGCAUACACAAUUGGAGGGGGAACCUAUUGCUGUGGAGGGGGAAGAGGAAUGCCAAUUGGGGACGAUUGCAGAUGUCGGUGUGUCAUAUGAGAGGGGAUCCAGGGGAGAGAGCCGCAACACGAUGAGUUCAAGCAGAGGAGUUGCCGAAGAUGAGGCUGGAAAAGGGGCAGAAGGGGACAACCCAAAUGGAGCCGAAAAGGACACCACGAAAGAGCUCCCUAUGUUAGACCCCGUAAUCCCUGAUGACGAAGAAUCUGAGUGGAAUUUUUUCCAAGGAGUGCACUUCCCCGGAGAGCGGCAGAAUGCUGCCCAUGAAGGUGCACGUAGUGGUGACUACAGCGAUGCCCACAAUGGAGAGAGCAACUACUGGCCGGUGGACAUACACAGUUGUUCCAAAAAUAGUGAAGACAGAUUGAAUUUCUGCUCAUAUGAAUUCGCCGGGCUAGCUAAUAUCAAUGGCAAAGAAGAGGAAGAUAUGGACACCUGCUUUGAUAAUAAAAAGUUAGAAAAGAUAAGCGAAGAAUUGGAAACACAAAAUGGGAACCACCCAUUUGAGAAUGCUUCUCUAGUAGAUAGCGAAAGGGAGGAGGUACUACCAAAGGUGGAAGAUGAAAAUGGUAAAGAAGUUCCAAGCAAAAUUCUGUGUGAUGAGAAACAAACUUGUGAAGUAGAACAAACUGGUGUAGCCGAAAAAUGGGACGAAGAAAAAUGCAUGCAGAUAAAUACCUUCCAAAGGAGAAACAUCGAAAUGGAUAAUGCAAAAAAAUCGUUUGAUGCUUUUUUUUGCCGUGACGAUGAACAGUAUGAAGUUGCUUCCAUGUCGGAGAAGCAUGCUGGGGAAACUUUUUCUUUUGAAAAUAAGGAAAAGGUUGAAACAGUGAACGUAGAAAAGAGCAAUGAAGGGAAUGAUGUAUCUGUGGGUGAGGAGGUUCUUCUUGCGGAGGGGUCUAUGAGGAUCGGUGAGGAUGAUUUUUCGCUUUUCCAAAGUGAGGAAUCGGUGAAAGUAGUGGAAGUGGAAAAUGAGGGGGGCACAUCCCUCCUUGAAAAUAAGCAAACGAUGGAAGUGGUGGUGGAUGCAGUGAAUAUGGUAGACAUGAUGGACCUGCUAGACGUGGUGGAAGGUGACGGAGGAGCGAGCGCAAAGGAGAGGAAUUUCUUCGAUAGAGAAGAAACCUACCAAACAGAAGAAGCCGAGGAAGAAUGCAAGGUGGAAACGCCAUAUGGUGUUUAUUCAUUCGAAACAGUAGACUUAAAAAUUACAAAUCCCAAUGAAUGGACCAAGAAUGAUACAUACGUAACGUUGGAGGAGUUAACUGGAAGGAACAAAGUGGGGGGAUUUUUGUAUGAAGCGCGAGAAGACACAGAAGGAAUUGCAGCGCAAAGGGUGGUGCAAGUGGAGGAAGGGAAAGGUGGAAAAUGGGAACAAGCUAACAUCGAAGAAAUGAAUGAAUCCAAGGGAGACAGCCAUUUUAGUGGCAAAGAAAUGGAAGAAAUAAAGACAGUUGAAUUGGUUGGCCAAACUGAGAAAAAGUUUUAUCCACACCAAGAGGAGGAAGAUUCAGGUAAUUAUCACGAAUUAGAUAAACAUACCAAAUGUUUAGAAGAAGACCCAGAUGGUGACGCAAAACAUAUGUUAGGAGAAAAUCUCAUGAAGAACGGUGAAGAACUAAAUUCCAUUCUUUUUCCAAACAGCUCAAAUGAGCAAUUUGUGCAGGAAAAAGAUAAUGGGACGGAAAAUAAAUUAGAGGGUUUAUUAUGUGUGCCUACAAAUAUGAUGCAAAAAAAAAAUUUUCUUGAUGAAUACGAGGGAGAGCUGCUCCCCACCGCCAGUAGAGACACUAACUCCAUUCGUGCCAACGAUAUAGAGGAAGAAAACAAAUGGGAGGGAGAUAGCCAAAGGGAGUGCGUCGAAACGGUUAAGGAGCCCCCAUGUUGUGCACAAAUAUGGAAUGAAUUUUACGAAGAGACAGCAGAUCAAAAGGUCAACUGGCAUGGAAAGAUGAUCAAGCAGAAUGGGUUCGAUGCGAAGGCAGAGUUAACAAAUGAGGAGAAUUUCGAAGCAGCUAAUUUGAAUGAUAAAAAGGAGAAGAAAAAAAAGAAAAAAAAAAUUAAAAAAUGCCGCAUGCUACGUGAAAAACCUUUUGAAUACCAUUCGGGCAGUUUGAAAUAUUUGAAGGCCUUAAAGGAGCUACCACCGCUAGACUUUUUAAAGUGUAAAGAUUUGAGACCAUUUAUGCGUCUUUUUAACAUAGUUCUGAAGGCAGUGCGUAUGUUUCGCUUUAACGAGGAUUACUUGUACGUGUUGGCGGGAGAUGAAACCGGGUGCAUUUACGUGAAGCUGGAGGUGAAGCAUGAGAAGUUCUGUCAGGUCAAGAGAGAAAGAAAACUACAAAAUGAGGACGAAACAUUUAUGCUUGCGAAUUGCUGUGUAUCUGUUGAAGGCGGUCAUGCCUUUUUAGAAAUUAACGAGUACAGUGAUAUUUUCUCUUUGAAGUAUAAUCCCAUAGGGACUGUGAACAGGAGCAUAAAUUUUUCUGACUCGAAAUUUGUUGUGUUAUCUGCGAGCAGAAUUUAA